AUGCCGAUUCCUGUGAAUGAAGUCAUAAAACCAAUAAUCAAUGGGGUGUUAAGCAUCAUGAAAGCAUGUGCUAAAACCGAAACUGUUAGAAGGUUUCUGUUCACAUCAUCUGCAGGAACUAUGGAUGUUGCAGAACACCAAAAGCCCUUCUAUGAUGAAACCUGUUGGAGCGAUCUUGAAUUUAUCCAGGCCGAAAAAAUGACUGGUUGGAUGUACUUUGUCUCCAAGACCAUGGCAGAGCAAGCUGCCUGGAAGUUGGCUAAAGAAAACAACAUCGAUUUUGUCAGCAUAAUACCACCUUUAGUUGUUGGUCCAUUUAUUAUGCAGUCGAUGCCGCCAAGCCUCAUAACUGCACUUUCUCCCAUCACUGGGAAUGAAGCUCAUUACUCGAUCAUAAAACAAGGCCAGUUUGUUCAUUUAGAUGACUUAUGCAGUGCUCAUAUCUUUCUGUUCAAGAAUCCUAAAGCAGAGGGCAGCUACAUUUGCGCCUCUCACCAUGCUACCAUUCUAGAUAUUGCAAAGAUGCUUAGAGAAAAAUACCCUGAAUACAAUGUUCCUUCCGAAUUUCGAUUGAAUUACCAGAAUUUCGAUUCCGGGCCUGAUGAGACAAUUGUGGUCACGUUCAAGGACGUGGAUGAGAGCCCGAAGAGUGUGGAAUUCUCUUCAAAAAAGCUCACGGACUUGGGAUUCGAGUUUAAGUUCAGCUGGGAAGACAUGUUCACAGGAGCUGUUGAAACAUGCCGAGAAAAGGGUCUGCUUCCUCUUUCCAAUGAGAAGAAGAUCGAUAUAAACUAA